CAUUAUGUAUUAACUUGAGUUAAUGGGAGACUGCAGUACCGGAGCUAUGCAUGGUAUAGGGGGCUCAAUUGAAUCCUCUUCGUCGCAAAAUUGUACUUCAUAUAUUGAAUUCCUGCCAGUGAAGGAGGAAAAUACGGAUAUCGAGGAGAGUUGUAUUGGGAAGGGUUUGGAUUCGUGGGGCGGUUUUAGACUUCACUAUGUCUGGUCGGAUCUUUCAGUACGAAUGAGAGCGAAGAUGGUGUACGAAGGAGAAGGUGGUGGAUACUCUGAAUGGUGUCCCAAAGAGCAUGAAGUUCUACAGGACCACAAUAUAGGUGCUGCUAAGCUUGUUCUUUCCACCAAUGGCUUUGCUUUGCCUUGCUACUCUGAUUCUGCUAAGGUUGCUUAUGUUCUUCAAGGUAGCGGUAUUCUUGGUGUUGUACUUCCUGGACAAGAAGAGAAGUUAGUAGCCAUUCGAAAGGGUGAUGCGAUUGCGCUUCCUGUUGGAGUUGUCACAUGGUGGUACAAUAAAGAUGUUACAGAACUUGAGAUACUCUUUCUUGGUGAUACCAAAACUGCAGUUAAACUUGGUUCAUUCACUGACUUCUUGUUGAAGGGGUCGAACAGCAAUAAUCUCUCUUGUUUUUCCCCUGAGUUUAUUGGCAGAGCAUGGAAAUCGGACAAAAGUGUUCUCAAGACUCUCAUUGGUCCACAUCUUGCCAGGAGUAUCGUCAAGCUUAAUCCAGGCUUUGAAAUCUCAGAGGCGGAGCUAAAGGACUACAGAGAUGGCAUGUUACUCAACUGUGAGGAAACAGCCCCGUCCCGUUUUGACACUGAUGGUGGUGGAGAGAUAUUGGAUUUGAAUACCGAAAACUUGGCAAUCAUCGGCGACAUUGGACUUGGUGCUAGUCGUGCAACGUUGAAUGGAAAUGCUGCGUACUAUCCUGAAAUUUCUGUUGAUCCAGCAAUUCGCGUCACUUAUAUUAUAAAAGGCAGCGGCACAGUGAAGGUGCGUGAUUUUGGUGGUUUUGUUACAGACAGACAGAUUGAAGCUGGUGAAUUAUUUGUUGUUCCAAGAUUAUUAAGUGUGUGCAAAAUUGCCGAUCCUGAUGGCAUGGAGUGGUUCUCUAUUGUAUGCAACGAAAAUUCCAACAACUAUCUCACACUCGGCCGUUGGGGCCUCAUUUCGGAUGGCUCUAUUCCCAAAAGUUCAAGUUCUCCAGGUAGCUCUUAAUGUGCUCCAUACGUACAAAAGCAAUUUAGCUCCAGGAUUGAUUAAUUGUAUGAUCCUUUUUUUCUCAAAAUUAAUCUUAUUAGUCCAUAGCUCUAUUGAAAAAGGUAGUAUGGAGGUUUAAGAAUAACCUCCCAUUUCCAACUUUUUUUUUUGGUGUUCCUAUAAGCAGGGGAGGCUUUAUAGUCCAAUAUAUAGGACAUGUGAACUUAUGAUCUC